UUUUCUAUGAUAAUUUGCAUUGAGUAGAAAAGUCUCUACUUGACAGUUAUUAUUGGUUAGUAUGGUCUAGAACUUGCGGUAGAGCAAGUCGUAAUUGAUCGAGUCUAAAUAAUUGCGGUGUACAAGUUUAAUUAACUUCAAAAAUGAUGUUUAUCAAAAACUUUAAACUAUUUGUCAUUUGUGUACUAUACCUUAAUAUAUAUGUGCAAGCGCGUGCUGUCACUCGGAUGGAUGAUGUUUAUAUUUCUAGAACCGAGAACAAAUGGGUAUGUGAUAGAAUCGAAUGCCCUAUGGAUGCUUUUCGUUGUUUCGUUUCCAAAUCCAAUGAAGAGAAUUCCUCUGUUUUAAAACGUGUCAAUACUUGCUAUACCAAGGACAAUCAGGUACUGGCUCACAAAGUAUUUGAAACACCAGUGGAUCCUAGGUCCCGUAUUCGAGGACAAGUUACUUUUUUACGUAAUGAUGAUGUAAUAUCCGCUCCUAAUGGCUUAGAAAAUUACGAUGACGAAAAAUUUAAGGCUCAAGUUAAGGCUGAAAUGGAUAAGAUGCAUGCCGACAUGGCUGCCGAAAUGAAAAAAGUACAAGCAGAUAUCAAAAAAAUGAAGGAAGACAUUAGAAGAGAUAUUGAAAAUGAAAUGCGAGAUAUGCGACGUAAUCAAAUGCGAUAUACAUAAUUUGUUACAUAUUUAAUUAGUCAAAUGUCAUUAUUUUUGCAUUGUUAAUUUGCCAAAAUUAUGAUAAUAGGUCUGUUCCAUAACUAAAAGUUGUUACUAAUUUUCAAAAAAAAAAAAAUAUUUGAAAUUUGUAUUUAAAUUUUUUGUUAUUGAAAAGACAUAAUUUAUUACAAACUUUAUUAUUGAAAAUCUAUUUAAAUUUUAUUGUAAUUUUACAAAUAAAAUAUAUAUUUUUUGAGGCUCUAAU